AUGAUCAGGGUCCCGGGGAACCAGCCCGGCGACAAUAGGGCACAUUCCAUCGAAACUCCGGCGAUCGUUCUCUUCAUCACCACUUUUUUCUUGGUCGGUGUGAGGAUAUGGGCUCGGUUCAAGCAAGCGUCAUGGAAGGGCCUGGGAUGGGAUGACUACACGAUUUUGCUAUCAUGGGUCUUCGCACAAGUGGUGUCAGCACUCAUGAUGGCUUCAUGCGCCUAUGGGUUCGGUCAACACAUCCGCAACCUCUCGAAGGAGAAUAAACUCAUGACUUUGAAGCUCUUCUACGUAGCUCAAGCCUUCUACAAAAUCACCAUCAACCUCACAAAAACCUCCAUCCUCCUCCUCUACCUGCGCAUCUUCGUCCAACGAUGGUUCCGGAUAGCAUGUUACAUCCUCAUGGGCAUCAUCAGCGCCUACAUGAUUGCCACCUUCGGCGCCUCGGUCUGGCAAUGCACACCCGUCCCUCGAGCCUGGGACAAGUCCAUCCCUGGAACCUGCGUCGACAUCACGAUCAACUGGUACGCCAAUGCGGGAUUCAGCAUCAGCACCGACAUUUUGAUAUUGGCGCUGCCCAUGUACCCGAUUUUCAUGUCGCACCUGCGCAAGACGCAGAAGGUGGCGGUGGUGCUCAUGUUUGCUCUCGGUUUCUUCACGACGAUUACUAGUAUCUUGAGGAUGCAGACUUUGACCUUUUCGACAAAGACGCCUGAUACUACUUACGACCUCGACUCCUCAAUCUGGACCAUCAUCGAGCAAAACAUGGCCAUCAUCUGCGCCUGCCUACCCGUCUGCCGCUUACCACUCGCCUACCUCUUCCCCAAACACUUCGCCAUCUCCCACCACAAACAACGCACCGGUCCCGAGGGGGACAUUGGCCACCGGGAAAUCUCUUCCCAGUCCGAGCUACGAAGCUGGCAAGGUCCGCAUCAGCACGACGUCGCUAUCGAAGCCGGGCACGGUACUGGUCCCGGACAGGAUGGGAAUUACGAAAUGGACAGGAAAUACAACCCCACUUCAUCGGGGCGUCGCCCAUCCGCGUCGGGAUCUGUUUAUUCUGAUUUGGGGGAGAGGAAAACGUCGACGGAUGUGGGCGUAGCUGUGUAUCAGCGGGACGGGGUAUCAAGUGAAGACGAUAAGGUUAUGGUGGGAGAUGCAAAUAGCGAGGAUACCAUUUUUCACGUGUCAUCUGUGUCAGCGACAAGGCCGAGAUCGAGGUCAAAUUCGAGGAUGGGCAUGGGGAUGGGGAUCGAAAUGAGGGACAGGGAUCGAUCAGGAGACAGGAUGCACCAUGCGGGAGUGGAAGACAGACCAGGCGGCGGCGGCGGGAUUCAGAUGACCACGCAGUUUAGUAUUACUUAUGAUGAGCGAUAG